AUGUCUGCGACGGCGUCGACCAAGGGCGCCAGCGGCUCCACACCACUCAGCGAGCAGCAGGUAGCACAGCGCUUUCAAACAUUGAGAAGUGAAAUGACCAGCAUUGCAACCAAGAUUUCAGAGAUUGAGGGCGAGACGGAAGAGCAUCGGGCAGUCAUAGAGACGUUGAAGCAGACAGCAGCAACGGCGCCCGACAGAAAGUGCUUUAGGUUGAUUGGAGGAGUAUUAGUGGAGCGCAAAGUUGCAGAGGUGGUACCUACUCUAGAGGCAAACGUAGCAAGUCUUCGACAAGUGCUAGAGGCCCUGUUGCAGCAGUACAAAGGAAAAGAGGAAGAGUCGCAAGCAUUGCAAAAAAAGUAUCAAACAGCUCAAUGA